AUGGGAUAAAGCAAAGAAUUUUCCAAUCUAAAAACCAUGUGCGCCGAAACUCCACCCGGUUUUCCUCAGCAUCAGUUUCAACUUUCAAGUUACAAAACCCAGAACCUGCCCGAGCUUUCUUAAAGGCCGAAACUUCAAGAGGCCCCUAGACUGCGACUUUCCGAUUCUUUCGAGUUAAAAACUUAAAACCGAAGAGCAAUCAUUAAAAUGGCCGUGAGAUCCGCGCUGAGCCGAAUCCGAUUCUCAUUGACUGUGACUCGUUCCAUGGAGUCCUCUCGAGGUGCUACUCGUUACUUCGGGGAAGGCAAGGGCCGGAUUCUGAGCGAGGAGGAGCGCGCUGCUGAAAACGUUUACAUCCAGAAAAUGGAGAGGGAAAAGUUGGAGAAGCUGAAACGAAAGGCUGAGAAAGAAAAGGCCGAGAAAGAAAUGGCCGAGAAAGCGAAAGAGAAUACCGAAAAGGAUUGGGGCUCCGCAGUUUGAGAAUUCUCAACAAGGCUCUUCUUGGUAAAUGGCUGUGGAGAUACCAAAAGGAACGAAACGCCCCUUGGAGGGAAAUUAUCGACAGCAAAUAGGGGAGCCUACGGGGAGGUUGGUGUUCCAACGCAGUAAGAGGGGCCUAUGGAGUAGGUUUGUGGAAGUUCAUACGCAACGGUUGGGAAGCCUUUUUUGUUAAUUGCAGGAUGGCGGUAGGAAGGGGAAACCAAGUUAGCUUCUAGCAUGACACUUGGCGUGGUGAGCUUGCUUUGAAGCUCACUUUUCCAUCCCUAUACAGGAUCGCGUUUGAUAAGGAGGCCACAGUUGUUGACAAUUUGGACAACUCCUCAAACUUCACUCAUUAGUCAGUCAGAUUCACCCGAGAUGCACAAGACUGGGAAUUGGGAGACUUUGUUGAUUUUUACAGCGCACUACAAGCGUCUAAUGUACAUGCUGAUGGUGAAGAUCACAUGCUUUGGUCGCUCACAAGAAAUAAGCGCUUCUCAGUACAUUCCUUUAACAAGGCACUCUCGGCACACCCCUCCACUGCAUUCCCUUGGAAGCAUUUUGACUAUUGAUAAACUGAGAAGCCGUGGCCUCUACCUAACGGAUUGGUGCUAUAUGUGCAAACGUAAUAGUGAGACAGCGGAUCAUCUACUCCUUCACUGCGAAGCAGUUACAGUUUUAUGGGAUGACAUUUUCACAAGACUAGGCUUGGCAUGGGUAAUGCCUCGAAAGGUGAUUGAUCUGUUGGCUUGUUGGAGAGGAGUCCGGGGCAAGGGGCAGGUCACAGAUAUUUGAAAAAUGGUGCCACUUUGCCUAAUGUGGUGCACCUGGAACGAAAGGAAUAGUCAUUGUUUCAAGGAUAAGGAGCGUUCACCGGAAGGCUUUAGGGAUUUCUUUUACCAUACUUUAGUUUUAUGGGCUUCUUCUAUUGUACUGAAUGGCACUUCUUACUGAACUUUAUGCUGCUCUUUGCAGCUCUUAGCCUUUAGCAAGGCUCUUUGUAUACCCUCUGUGUACUCGGGCCUUGCCCUUUUCUUGCUCUAAUAUAUCUUCUUUUACUUAUAAAAAAAAAAAAAAGUUAAAACUUUUGUUUUUCUUUUGGCCAUUGUGGCAACCAUAAAUUUUACAGCCAAUCCAAACUGAUGUGGUUUUUAGUGGUCAAUUUAAUAAAUAACUGAGGGAACCAAGCAUUGCUAACUUUCAUUAGCUCCGGAAAACUUCAAUUUGCGCCUUCCCCUUCAGUCAAGGUUCUGCCACCCUGUUCCACUGCCUAUCCCAGUAAAAUAAUUUAGGCCAGAUAUGCAGCCUUCUUUGUUUAGAUAAGAGCUGCUGUACUUUUACAAUGAUAUAUCUGUGUGCUGUAGCUGUAUAUUGUGGUUUGAUCUGUGUGUCAACGCAGGACUACAAAGCCGUUUCCUUCAAAUAAUCGUGUAAGAACUGGUUUUGGUAGUUUGUGACUUGCAAUUCCUGUUUCUCACACAUGCAUUUAAGCCCAAAAGGUCAAUUAAUGUUAGAUGUGAUUUGAAAAUAUUUCAUUUCAUUCCCCAAUCCAACAUUCUUUUGAGUGGAAGUCGGUUCUGGUGUAGGAUGUCUUGAUUUGAAUUUAUCAAGAAAGCUUAUCAUAAGUUUGGUGAGUGGAGUAUACAAAAUCAUUUCGAAGGUGUUUGCUAAUCGGCUUAGCCUGGUGUUGGAUCUCAUUAUCUCUAAGCCUUAAAAUGCUUUUAUCCGAGAGAGACAGAUUCUGGACUUGGUACUUAUUGCCAACAAAUGCUUGGAUCACAGGAUGCUGGAGAGAGUCCCAAGUAUUUUUUGCAAACUUGAUAUGGAAAAGGCUUAUAACCAUGUGAACUAGGAUUUCCUUCUAUACUUGUGACUCCCUUUGGGGGUGAAGUUUAAGGCUCAAGCUAUUUGGGAUAGGGUGGUUGAAAAAAUAGAGAGGAAGUUGGCAUGGUGGAAUCGGAUGUAUUUUUCGAAAGGGGGCGCCUCAUUCUAAUUAAGAGCUCUCUAACUAAUCUCCCCACAUAUUUCCUUUCACUCUUUCCUUUGGCUGUAGGGGUGACGACUAGAACUGAGAGAUUAUUCCAGGCCUUCCUUUGGAGAGGGUAUGGGGAGGAAACAAAAUUUCAUUUGGUUAAUUGGGAUAAAGUUUGUUCCCCAAUUCCAUAUGACGGCUUAGGAGUCUACAAUUUGAGGACAUUCAAUAAAAACUUUACUAGGAAAAUGGUUAUGGAGAUUUUACCUAGAGGGGGACACACUUUGGAAGGAAAUUAUUGUUUCUAGAUAUGGGAGCGGGGAGGAUGGUGCUCCAAUGUAGUGCCCGCGGCCCUAGGGCAUAUAUGGUUUGUGGGCUCAUGGAAAUUUAGGUGAGGAUGGCAGUGCUUCGAAAGUCAUAUACAGUUUGUGGUGGGAGAGGGGUUCAGAAUCAGGUUUUGGCAUGAUGUUUGGUGUGGAGAACGUGCUUUGUACAUGGUAUUUCUAACACACUAUCAUAUUGCAGCCAACACUGAGGCUUCCGUGGCAGAUAUGCUGGUGUUCUCUCAUGGUUCUUACCAAUGGAAUGUCUCUUUUAAUAGGGAUCUUCAUGAUUGGGAAUUGCACGCCGUGUCUGAUUUUUUCAGUUUGCUUUAUUCUAUGGGAAACACCACGGCUUAGGAGGAUAAGGUACAAUGGAGAGCCAUUGACGGUAAAAGCCAUUCAGUUAGGACAUACUAUAAGAUCUUGUGAGGCCAAGGUCAUCUUACAUUCCUAUGGAAGAGAUUUUGGAGGUCCCUAGUACCUACUAAAGUAACUUUCUUUGUUUGGACUGCGGCUCUUGGGAAAAUCCUAACUACGGAAAGAAAGAGGGGACUUAUUGUGAUGGAUUGGUGUUAUUUGUGUAAAAAGCAGGGAGAAUCUGUUGAUCAGUUUUGCAUUGUGAGGUCACAAGGGGGCUUUGGAAUGAGAUCUUUUGAAGAUUGGAUAUUGCUUGGGUAAUGCCUUCGAAGGUGGUGAAUUUAUUAGCAUGUUGGAAGGAACUUCAAGGCUGCCCUCAAGUGGCAGCAGUGUGGAAAAUGAUACCAUUGUGUAUCAAGUGGUGUAUAUGAUCGGAAAGAAAUGAGAGAUGCUUUGAGGAUAGAGAGCGCAUGAUGGUGGAGCUUCAAAAUCUUUUUAUGCACACCUUGAUGCUUUGGUUCUCAGCUAUUGUACUUGAUGGAAACAAUGUUCAUGAUUUUCUUUCCUUAAUAUAGAAUGUAUUUAGGUGUUCUUUUGUAUACUUCCUGUGUGGACUAUACAUAUUUCAUUCAAAUGAAUAAAAUUUACUUCUUA